UUGAUCGUAGAACUAUCUUCACCAGAGGAGGCGAUCCGGACUCGCCGGCUCGUCUGGUACAUCGACUAAUAGACUAUCUGCAUGCUGAUAUCAUUUUAUGCUGACCAGAUGGCGUCGACCCUCGACAGCGGUGUAUUUAAUCGCCCUCUUUCCUCCCUCCAAAUCAUCAGCAUCAAUCAUCAAGAUCUUCCUUCUCAACAGUCUUCGAGAGUCGUCUUCAGCCUUUACUCUCUCGUCAGACUAUUUCAAUCUAUUACUUAAUAGCAAUGCCUGCUACUCCGCUCUUUGCACGAAACGACGUUCUUAACGUCAACCCCAGCAGUGGCACUACCAUCUCGCUGGUGGCCCACGGCUCAGACUGGUAUUGGACCGUGUUCUCAAUCAUGUCGGUGACUGCCAUUUGCUACGCAGGUACUUCCUUCAAGGUACCUCGUCGUGAGCGCUUCUUCCAUUACACCUCGAUUGUUGCUGCGAUAUUUGCUGCCAUCACCUACUUCUCUCUGGCCUCAAACCUCGGAUGGACCGGUGUUCAGACCCGAUACAACCAUUACCAGGGCGGUGGAGUUCGUCAAGUGUUCUAUGCCAGAUACAUUGGCUGGUUCCUCUCUGCUCCACUUCUUGUGCUCAACCUUUCGUUCUUUUCCGGACUUAACUGGGUCACCGCUCUCUACCUGGCUACCUUGACCGAAGUUUACGUCGUUUGCGGUCUUAUCGCCUCUUUGGUUGAGUCUUCGUACAAGUUUGGCUACUUCACCAUGGGUGCCUUUGCCUGGGUCUUGCUCUUCCUCAACCUUGGCUGGGUUGGCCUGCGCUCGAUCAAGACCCUCAACGCCGCGACCGUCACUCCAAAGCUCAGCAAGAUCUACUCUUAUAUCCUCAUGGGCGUCGGAAUUAUCUACUCCCUCUACCCGAUUUCUUGGGGUCUGUCUGAGGGUGGAAACGUCAUCUCCCCCACUUCAGAGGGUAUUUUCUACGGUAUCUUGGAUAUCAUGGCUCUGCCUGUGCUCAACUCGCUCUUGCUCUUCUACUCGCGCAAGCUUGACAUUGAUGAGCUUGGUCUGAGCAUUCCCAGCGCGACCCGCACCCCUGGCAAGAACUAAAAACUGAAGACACAGUUUUCUAGCUCUUUCGAUACAUCACAAGCACUAAUGGAAUAAUACGAGUGGCGCAAUGGUGUCUUUCCUAGCUAAUACCACUGAUCAAAUAAUGAAUUGUGCGAUGGUAUUUUGGUUCUAUGACGCAUGUUUUGAUUUUGGAUACUUUUAUGUGGAGGGCUUUUAAUAAUUGUCUUGGGGGUAUUCAGUUUAGAUUGGCUGUGAUGUACAACUCAGAUUGAAGAGCGUCAAGAAUGGUUCUAGGUUGAAGUUAAUGGCUAUUAUUUAAUAUCUAAUGACAUCUGAUUACAAAUAACUACUUCCAAGAUAAUUGCUA